CAGCCGUGCUGCUGCUGCUGCAGGGGAGCGUCCGUCCACAGCCUGUAGUGCUGCGAUGUGCGGCCGCCUUAUUUAUCUCCUGGCUGCUCCAUUUGACCACAUCUAAUCACAUUUUCCAGACCACAGAGAUACACGUUCACAGGGACGACCUCCGUGCAGACUGGAGGAGAAACUAACACGUUGCGUCGUUGAACUGAGAUGGGGAAGGUGCUAACUAAUUUCUGUGACUAUCUACAUAGUUUCUGGAGAUGCAGGUUCCUACAGAGGAUGCCCUUUCACUGACUGGAUAGAGGCUGAUGGGUUUCAGGAUGCGCUCCCUGAGAAAGACGGUGUUGCUCGCUAUCCUGGUGUCUGUGGUGCUGGUGCUGGCCCUCAUUCAUUCGUGGCCCACUCGGGCUUACACCACUGUGGAUGUGUGGCAGCGAUCGGGGUCAAUUUUGGAGAGGCAUCUAGAGGAGAGGCUCCCAGAACCAGACCACCGACUAGGCAACAUCCCCUUUCACGUGAGGGACAAUGUGGCAAGCUUGUUGGCGCGUAACGGAUGCAUAUGUGAGGGUGAGAGUGGAGGAGUGAACCUGCCCUUCGCCCAGCUCUUGUUCCCGCGGGUGUCGGCUCACCCGCUGCACACCGCCUUCGAGGCCUCUGACCUGGAGGAGAUGAAGAGGAGACGGGCCAAAGAGUACAAGAGUUUCCAGAAGAGGUCGCAGACACCUGCAGAUGUUCUCAUUAUUGCAGAGGCUAACAAUCCCUUACAGUAUCCAACGCAGGGGGUGGAGCUUCGUCCCCUAAGAACAAUCAUCAUCCCAGGCUUGGCCUUACACGACCUUCCCCGAGACCACUACUCGAUAAACUUCACUGCCAUGCUCGGAACGCUAAAUGUGGCAGCAGAGGUGGACGGGGUGAAAAUCAAAGGUGAUAGCGAGAUGCACAUGACUCUGUCCAGCAGCCUGCUGCUAAACCUGAACCGACAGCUGCAGUUUGUCACCUACACAAACACACUGUUUAACCCCAGCACGGCAGACACAGUUCAGUUGGAGACGGAGGGGCAUCAAGCCAGCUUCAGUAUCAAGAUUCAACACGGGGUGACUCCCAAACUGUAUAACACAGGAUCCAAAGGAGAGUACAACGUCAGUGCCCUUGUUACCAUAGCUACGAAGACUUUCCUGCGGUAUGAAAAGCUUCAAAAUCUCAUCGACAGCGUGAGGAGAUACUAUCCUACCGUCACCAUAGUGAUCGCUGAUGACAGCGAAAACCCCCAAACUAUUUCUGGGCCUUACAUCGAACAUUACAUCAUGCCUUUUGGAAAGGGUUGGUUUGCUGGACGAAACCUGGCCGUCUCUCAGGUGACCACGAAGUACGUGCUGUGGGUGGACGACGACUUCAUAUUCACAUCCAACACCAAGCUGGAGAAACUGGUGGACGUCUUAGAGAGAACCACUCUGGAUCUGGUGGGCGGUGCAGUGCGGGAGGCCACAGGUUACACUGCCACCUACAGACAGACCAUCUCCAUUGAGUCAGGGGAGGAGGAUGGAGACUGUUUACACUUGAGGAGAGGGUUUCAUCACGUUAUCCAAGGCUUCCCUAACUGCGUGGUGACUGACGGGGUUAUUAACUUCUUCCUGGCCCGCACCGACAAAGUGCAGCAGGUCGGCUUCGACCCGCGUCUCGCCAGGGUCGCUCACCUGGAGUUUUUCAUCGAUGGCCUGGGAUCUCUCCACGUGGGCUCUUGUGAUGAUGUCAUUGUCAAUCAUGCCACCAAAAUCAAACUUCCCUGGACGAGCCAAUCAGAGAGCGACAAGACUUACGCCAAGUUUCGCUACCCGCCGGCCUCCUCUGACGCCACACACACGAAAAACGGCCUGCUGUUCUUCAAGAACCGAUUUCAGUGUUUGACUCAUAAUUAGUGUCUCUCUUCUUCAGCCUGAGGGCUCCUCUGCUCUUCAUGAGUUGCCAAAGAAGUUCUCCUCCCCCGCCACGCCCCGACAGACAAGAUUUAGACACACUUUUGGUUUGCUUUUUACUUGACAACCUUUAUUAGAGGUGUCAGGAUUCAACAUAGAGAAACAGUCAGUGCUAAAAGAUCCUCAUCCACAGUAUAUAUUAUAGACACAGAUAUCAAAGGCUGUCUAGACAGUCACCUGUAGAAACAAACAUAAUCAUCUUGUUUUCCCAGACCCAGUUCAUCAUCUUAUUUCAUUUGAUUUGGCUUUACAUUCUCGAGCUGUUCCGACACAGAGACCGAGCUUUGGGGAAACCUGACAGGUAGCAAAUUCCCAGACUGAGUCCCUUCAUUGUCAUUCUAGGCUAAUGAGCAGAGCUACGUGUCCUCCUUCAAUUUGCACUAUCAACAAAGAAAAGACUGAGCUUGAGAAAAGCAAUAGACGUUUGAGGAUGACAGCAAAGGGACACUUGCCAGAAAGUGACAAUCCUGUAGACACAGCACAUACUGUAGGUAUCCUUUCCACCAACGCCACAUGAAGAAUGCAUUCAGAGCUUCUCCGCCUGUGGUUUCUGCGCUCUGUCCUGCCAAAGGGUUGGGCUGCUGGCUUGUGGGUGUUUUUAUCUCAUUGUGUUAUAGUUUUGCUAACCCCACUUUACCCAGAAUCUUAUGUGUCAUUUGUGAGCGAUUAAUUGCGUCUGAGGAGGAGAAACUUUCAGUCCCAUCACCUAUGGUGUCAGCUGAUCUGCGAGCAGCCUUCUGUUGUGUUUUUUUGUCUUCUGCUGUCUGACACUCUCGACUAACAUCUAAAGAAGAGGAGCGCUUCUGUCCGAUGCACGUUGCUGAACGGCAAAGAAAGGAAAUGCAUCUUUACACGCUGCCUAAAAGAAAAAGUGAAAUGAACCAAAGUGCAUGUUUAUUUUUUCUUAUUAUAAGUGAAGAAAAGAGAAAAAAAAAACAGCACAUUGAGACAGAAUUAAUGAGCGUUUGGUGAUAAAUUAACAUCUUGAAAGUAUGUAGUCGGAGCGUGAAAGGGAGACAAAGUCAAGGAGAGACGGAGAAGCUUGAAAAUCCUGUUUUUAUACUGGCUCUUUGGAGAGUUACUGUUUGCCUCAUGCCUGAAGGGAUGUUGUUUUAUACCAUGGCCUUUAGAUGGUGCCCUUGUAUCACCUUAUUGUUUCAUAAGACCAAUUUGUUUCGAAAAGUUAUUUGUUAUUAACAAAGAGGUGCCAGAGAAUUAUGCGCUGAUGUUUUUUUUUUUUUAUCUGAAGAUGAAUAUUUUAAAACAAUUUUGAGUGAUAUUUAUUUAUUUAUUUUGUUUCUGAAGUUAGCUGUGUGGAUGGGGAAUCAAAGUGAAACUUCAUCAGUGACAGUAUUAUUAAAGGUUUUUGUGUAAUUGUGUGUUCAAAGAUUUGUAAUUGUCGGCAGAUCUAUAGCUGAGCUGAAAGCAUUUUUGUGUGUGAUAUUAUUAAUUGUGUGAACACAGAAAUGUAACUUGCCUGCUUCACCCAAAAACCACUGGUUGAUUUGUCUGGUCACGCCAUUAUGAGCAUUUUUAAAUUGAUUUCGACUGUUGACAUAUUAAAAUGUCUGUGGAAAUGC